AUGAACCUAUACUUCAGCACCUGCUCCAAGGCUGCCAACUCCGCUGCCAAUGAAACUACCACCAGCAGCUUGGCCACUGACAGCCAACAAUGUGGAGACGGCGUUCACAAAACCCACUUUCCAGGGGUUGGAGCCACUGAACUUCUGGAUCUGCCUCUGGGGGUCAAACUGCCGAUGCUCCCAGGGGGCCACACGGUCUACUACACGACCAAGCUAAGUGAAAAGCUUUUUCGUCCUUCAUAUGGUUUUAACCUGACUGAUCCUUAUUGUCGACUUUUGGAAAAUCAAUAUCAAAGUCUCCAUGACCCACAUUUAAGAGCAUACUAUAAGCGGAAAGAUAAUCUGAGACGGUUAAAAAAAGGUGGCUACAUCACCAGCAAUAAUAAAAUUAUAUGUUCAUUGAGAGAAUUGAAUAAGUACAGGCAAUAUCUCACCAGUUUGAAAUUAGACUUUGAAAGAAACUAUAUAAAAGAACAACGAAUACUUUCAAAGGAAUUCAAUAGACUACAGGACAAUAAUCAAACACCUCGGCAUAACACGGAAAAUUACCAAAAUUGUUCAUUACAAGAGAAUGGCCAAUUUGUAAAGGAGCCAGACCGAUUAAUAAAAAAUAGAUAUAUGGACAUGAUAACUAAGGAAUUAGAACAACUUGAGCGUGCAGCGGAAGAGCAACGCCUCCUUCGGAUGGAUAGAGAAGACAAGCGACAACGGGAACACGCGAAACGAAAACUUAAUCUUCGCAGAAAAAUGGAAGAGGAAUGGAAGACAAAAGAGCUAUUACUUCUGGCAAAAAUUGGAGAAGAUGUUAAACGAGAAGCUAGGAUAGAGGAACAACGACGUAAAAAUAGAGAAGAAAGUGACAGAAAGAAACAAGCUCUUCUAGAGAAAAAAAUGGCUCAUCAUUUACAAAAAUUUCAAGAAAAUGGCUUUAAAAGAGAAGAGAUGGGAAAAAAUGCCUAUGAAUAUAGAGGACAAGAUGUGGCUAACAUUGAAUCUUUAUCUCCAAAGAAGAAAAGGGCCUAUGAUGAGCUGAAGUUUGUUUAUCCUGUUUCUGAGCAGAAAACAAAUAAAGGAAUAGAUGGACCUACAAUAACUUCUAUUUAUCAAUCGAGAAGUAGUCCAAAGAAUGUUUGGAAAUCUUCAGCAACUUCAGUUUAUCAACCAGAUAUAAAAGAUAUUUAUACUGAAAGAAAGAAAAGUGGAACACUUACCAUAAAGACGAGUGUCGCUGAUGUUAGAGAUGUGAUCGACAAUACAGAACAAGAGUCAAACAUUUCACCUGAACCAUCACCAAUGAGACAUUCUUACAGGUCUUCAACUUCUCAUUACGUUCCUCCAAAGGAGGAGAUGCCCAUGGAAAUGACAUGUUGUGUCGGAGUAUUUACUAAAACCCAGAUCUUAGUGAAUAUUUCUAGAUUACAUGUCAAAAAGCAUAAACUUCUAGAAAACUGCUUUCAAGAAAAAGUAACUUCUAGAGAACUGAAUAAUAUAAUUCAGAAUAUAAUGACCUGGGUUGUGGCUACAGUGACUAGUAUAUUAUAUCCAGCCAUUACAAAGUAUGAAGAAAGGUUGCAUAAUGCUGCCUUCCGAUUGUCUGAUGAUUCUAUUCUCUCUUCAGAUAGUUCAAGUUUCUGUAGCACAUGUAGUGAUGAAUUUACUUACAGAAAUUAUACAACUGCAACAACUAAAUCAUAUCAAAGAGAUCCCUGUACCAUUGCAGUUGACAUGCCAGUAAAACGACCAACUACACCUUUAAAACCACCUUCCCCCGUUAAGGAAGUGGCAAUUGUGAAAAAAAACUAUCACAUGCAAGAACAGACUAUAACAUCUCAAUUGGACUGCAAAAAAACAAAAAUGAUAUGUGAUGCAAUGGUCCUAAAAAAAUCUGAUGCUAUCCUUGUAGCACCAUUUGAUAAAGAAGUUAAGGAUGCUACUACUGAAACAGACAACUUAAUGAGUGUGUUGAUUUCUGAUACCAAAGCAAUAGCCAUGAAAGAAUUGGAAAAUUUAAAAAAUGUUUUUGUUAACUUUAAAUGUCACCUAAAAGGGGAAACUGAAUUGAUCUUAGAAAGCAUUUUUCAUGAAUUAAUGUCUGACUUAAAGCAAGCCAUUCCUUCUAUUUCUUCUGUUACUGCUGAAGUUUUUGUUGGCGAACAUAAUACUGAAAAAGAAGUGCUUUCUUUGAAUGUUGAUAUUUCGACAGCAGCAUCAGAGAUUGUGGACACCAUACUUGAAAAUCUACAUUUUGCAGUUGAGAAAAGAUGUGUUGAGAUAUCAUCUGAAGAAGAUUUUUCACAAAGCAUUGCACCAAACUUGCUACCCAGUAGAGAAAAUGUCCCUUCAUCGGACAGAAAACCUUCACAGUCACCCUUUUCUGAAAUGGCGGAGGAUAUAGUUCAUGGCAUUUUAGAAAAGCUAAGGAUUCUUGCAUCUUGUAAUCAAAAUGAACCUCAUCAUGUACAAUAUGCAACCAAACAUCCAGAUCAAAUAAAUGUGCCCCAUAAAAGAACCAAUACAAAUAUAUGUACUACGGAACUGGAUGAGUCUGAUUUAAUUGUUAAAGAAAAAAUACAAAAUUUAAUGUCGAAGACAUUUUCAAAAUCCUCUUUGGUAGGUUAUAUAGAGGAAGCAAUUGGGACAAUAUUACAAUGUAUACAAACUGAACUUAAUAAUGACAGAUUUUUUACAUCUGAAGAAACAAUCGUGCUCCUUCAGGUACUUGAUGAUAUCUUUACUGAGCUCCAUAAGGAACCAGAAAAAGCAAAUGUUAAAAAAUGUCGGCAUUCUAUGCUAAGGUCUCCUGAUACUGAAGAAAGGUACAGACUCACGGGCACUAGAUUAUGUCACGGUCGCCAGGCAAAAAGACCAUUUUCACCUGUCAAUGUUCCUGGCAUGGUGCUCUAUCCUGAAGAUAAUGAUGAAGAAAUAGACAUAAUUGUAAAAAAUGUAAUUGAUUCAUCUUCUAAAGAUAAAGAAGAAAAAUCGAAACAUCUUCCUGAGAACUUAUUCACAAAAGGAAACACUUGUUUUGAAAAUAGGAGAAAUCAAAAAACAGCUACAAAACCUGCUCCUGAAAAUACCAAAGUCUCCUUUCCUGAUGGGGAAUUAAAGACUGAAUUGCCAUUUUUUAACUGUGAAGAAAUUUUGAAAGAAAAAUCAUGCAUUAAUAAAGAUACCUUGCUUUUCACUCAAGAUCAAAAGCGCCAAAUACAAUCAACUUCAGAAACUACAGUUAAAUGUAUCUUAACAGAAAUGCUAGAGGAAUUAUGCUCUGUUCCUCCUGGUUGCUUGGAUAGUAAAACUGGCAAGGAAAAGUUAUUUUUUCCUUCAGGAAAACCCCAUGGAUUAUCAUAUCAAGAAUGGAUGAAUCAGAUGUUCUCUAUGUCAGAAAUUAGUACCGUGGUCCAAGAAGUCACAGAUGAUGUGUUAGAUAUACUUAUGAAGGCAUCAGACUACAUUCCCAAUGUUAUCAAAUGUUCCUCAUCAAUUUAUAAAAAUAUUCAAGAUAGUUCUGAUACAUACCACAUGGUUAAAGAAGUACCAAAGGAAGAGACAUUAGAUAUAUGGUUUGAAAGUGAGAAGAAGAUGAAAUAUUUAUCUUCACUUAAUUUGGAUCCUGAAGGUAUGUCACUUUUACAAUUGUCAGAAAAUGAACCUGGACUUAUUGAUAGAAUUAAUAAUAAUAUUAUUAACACAGUUUUUAAAAGACUUAAAUUAUUAAUUUUUCCAAAAUUACAAAUGACCUUUAAACCUUCAUUUAUGGAGAAAUCUGCAUUUCAAUCUCAGCUUAGUACUUAUACAACGAAAGUGGUAAAUAUUGUUCUGCAUGCUAUCCAGAAUGAGCUUGAUCUCAACAAGAAAAAAUUAACUCUUAAGGAGACAGAUUGCCCCAAAUCCCUUACAAGUAAAAAGUAUUAUUCUGACCAUGAUGAACUGGAAUCUCUUCUCUCCAGUAUUGAUGAUGAGUGUAUGGCUUCCCCAUUAUUAACCUGCAUUUGUGAUUUGUUGUCAUGUAGACAGUCAGAUGAAGGCAGUAUUUUCUUCUCCUCGGAUAAGUCAGUACCUGGAACUUCCUAUGGAGCAACCAGCACUGGUAAACAAAAUGUUUUGUCAGAUAGACAUGAUAAAUCUUUUAAUAAAAUGUUGUCAACUCCAUGUUCUCUCCAUAGUAUAUCUAAUGGAAAAGAUUACAAAGAGGAUACCACAGUGCAAGUGUUGGAUAAUAUUGGGGAAACACUCCAUGAAAUGUUACGGAAAAUGAUAGGAACCCAUUCUCACUCUCUGCCACCUUGUAGUAACCUUAACACGAAGAGCAUAAAGAAUGAUGAAAAAAUAAUGACUGAACUGAAGUCCAAUAUUCAGUGUAUCUCACAAACAAUUUUAGAAUGUAUCCUCACAAAACUGUGUAGUUUUGACACAGACAAUAGUUUCACAAGUCCCAGAUGUAAAGUUCUUUUAGGGUCUCUUGAUACUGACAGCCUAUCAUUUGCUUCAGUUACUGAAGAAAUAGCCAAAUGCCUGAAAAUAAUUUCAAAAUUAGUUUCCAGAAUAGUUAAGAAAGAUAAUACAGAAGUUAUUAAAAGUAUACCAAAAACAAUUACUGUACCAUCUAAUACACCAGACCCAAAAGUAUUGUAUCCAAAUAAACCGAAAGAUAUUGCUUUAGAUAUUCUUAAUAUGGUUUUUGAUAAGCUGGAAAGAUUUGUCAAUGUAAAUGUAGAGAAUUCUUACUCUAUUGAUCAUGAAAAUAAGGAAAGCAGUAAGACUGACUGUGAAAUUAUCAGUGACACACAGGAAGAACCAAUGCAGUCUGCUUUAUACAUGAAUGCAAAGAAAGUAGCAAAAACUAUUUUGAAAGCUAUUCAAACAGAAUUAAACAUGAACUCAUUAGAUUUGAGAUCUAGUGUAAAAAAUGUGCCAUCUGAGAAACAAAUUAUUAAGAAUAUAGUUAAUUCUAUUUUAAGUGCAGUAUCAUCAGAUAUAUUUGAUGAAGCUAAAUCUGAAGAGAUAGGAAUGAAUGAUUUUCAUUACAAACCAAUCUAUGGAAAUUACCUUCCUGGAGGAGGCGAAUCAAAUUCAAAUACAAAAGAUUCUGAACAGACGGAAAAAGAAACAAAUGGAGAAAAAACAUCACAAAGAGAUGAAACUAAGUCCAAUAGUCUGAAACAAUUGAUUUUAGAAAGAACCCUAAAUGAAAUUGAAGUGAAACUCAAAGAACCACAAAAAUCUCCAAUUAUUCCCAUUGUAAGAAAUAUUCUGAAUGAAAUUUUUCAAGGUUCUCUCAUAGACCAAUUAAAUGUGCUUCCCCUGCCCUACUCUAAGUUAAGGGACUUAUCUCACACUCACAAUGUGAAUGAACCCAUUUCUCAAGCAUCCUUUCAACUUAUAGAUCAAACAAUAAACCCUUUAGUUUCUGAAGCAGAUGUUAACAUAGUGGCACAUGAUGUGGUUAGAACUGUAUUUCAUAAACUCUUUAUAGUUGCCAUGACAGAAAGAAAUGCAAGUGACAGUAGGUAUAAAACGAUCACUUUUUCAACAAACGUUUCUUUUCAUGAACAUACCUAUGGAGGAAAGUCCACUCUUACUCUGCUGAAUAAAAAUCCAUGUACUCUUCAGUCCAGAGUCACUGUUGACAAACAGACCAAAAUGAAUGUAGUUGAAGAUAUUGUAAAGGCAAUAUUGACACAUUUGGAAAGCUUUGCUACUUCCAAAGUAAAAUCUCUCUUUUGUCAUGAAAUCAACUUCACAGUCCCAGCACAUUUAUCUAAGCAUUCAGACAAGACUAUAGUAAGCCAGGUAUUGUCAGUCAAAGACUCAAAUUCUGAUGAUCCACUGCCCUGUUUCCCAGUGGAUCAUAUUACACCAAAAUACACCAACUCAUUGGCUCAACUCUCUUUUAGUAAAUUAAAUGUAUAUGCUACAGAAGUAGCUAGAAAGAUUUUACAAGGGAUCAAGCAUGAGUUAGAUAAAGAGAGGGAAAAUCCUCUCUUAACUCAUAAUAUUGUGGUUUCUGAAAAUAUUGCAAGUCAAAUCGUUAAUGCAGUAUUAGAUAUUGUUUCAUCUAAAAGUAAAUAUGAAAAAAGCAGUCCUAACAUAGAGGUUGAUUCAAAUCACCAAGAAGGCAUAAUUGAAAUGUUUUUUAAUAAGACUGAAUAUCGGGAAGUACUUCAGUUUCAAAUACAAGAUACCAUUGAAGAUGUGUUAUGUGAUAUUUAUGAAAAAACAUUACAUCAGAACAGUCUUUCUAUAGGAAAUCUGAAAUCUAACAUAGAUAGUGAGUCUUCUGGAGCAAAUUCUGAAAUGCUAAUUGAGAGAUCAGGUGGGAUAGCUCCAAAACUUUCAGUUCCUAAAUCAGAUGUUAUUUUGAUAUCCAAUGAUAUAAUUGAUACUGUUCUUCAUAAUCUCAGUUCUGCUGUCAUGCUGGGUAUAAAUGCAAAAGAUUCUACUUCUGUAAUGUUUCCCCUGACCUUCUCUGAUACAUUUCCAAAAAGAGAAUGUCAACAGUCACUACUGUUCGGGUCAAAAAAUGAAAGAAAAACAGUGUGUUUUCCAUCUUCAAGAAAUAUAAAAUCAGAUUUAAUGAAUGAUAAACAAAUAAUUGAAAAUGAUCAAAACAAUUUCAAGAAUUCUAUUCCUGACCUAUGUGAAGAAAAUGCUAAUUCCAUUACUAAAACCAUUUUCAAUAGGUUAGAAUUCUUUGCCACAGAGAGAAUAGAUUCAUUAAUUACUCUUGCUUUCCAGCAUAAAGAGAAGUCAUUUGUUAACCCAGAACUAGAAGAUUGUAAACAAGAUGACAUUGUUCAUGAAUCAAGCCAAGUAGAAUCAAAUAUAAAUGUUCUGAAAAUAUCAACUGAAACUCUUCCCACAGAUUUCACAUUUGCCAAUUACAGAGAAAAACAUGGAGCAACAGUUCAUCUAUCAAAAGCUAGUCUUAAGGAAUAUGCUGACAUCAUUGCUAGUGUCAUUAUGAAACUUAUUAAAGAUUACUUAGAUCUAGAAAUCCAAAAGUCAUAUACAUAUUCAAACAAUAUUUCAUUCCAAGAAAAUAUCUUUGUCAGUGAGAUUGUUAACGGUAUUUUAAAGAUUUUAUAUGAUAAAAGAUCUGUUAAGGAAAUUACUUUUUAUUCCAGAGAUAAUUCUAAAUUAUUCUCACAACUAAAUAUAUCAGAUAAAAUAUUGUUGGGACAAAAUGAAGAAAAUACCAUACUGCCACUCUUGUCAAAGCAUCCAUUAGAACAAAACCAAAUGAUAUUAGAAAAGGAACACAAGAGAGGGGUUCUGGAAGAGAUAUUUAUGAGAAAUGAAGAAUCAAAACAACAAAAAGAGGCCAUGCUAAUCAGUGCAGUGGAAGCAGUUUUAUAUAAAGUGCAUCAAAGAAUAAUGGAAAUCAUACACGACUUGCCUCCAUUAAGUGAAAUUUCACACCUUGUACCUAAUUCUAAAAUUAAAGCAGACACAACAAAGAAAAAUGGCUUUCAAUCACAUAUGAACAGUGUAGCAAACGAUAUCCUUGAAAGUAUUUUGGAGAAAAUGUAUUCUGUAGUAGUGUCAUCAGUAUAUGAACUUAAUAAAAAUAGAGAAGUAGAUAUACAUGAUCAUGUUACAUUAUCUGAGAAACCAUCAUGCAUCAUAGAAAGCAAUCAAGGAGGAAAAGAAUGUAAUCCUACUAGGUAUGUGGUACCACAGGUUUAUCCUAAUGCAGGCAUUCAGAAUGCGUCUCUAUUACAAAAUACUUUUUCGCAAUAUUCACCAUCACAAGUGGGGAAGGAUUUAGUCCAAAUGGUUGUCAAUAAGAUCACAAAUUUUGCUUCAUUUCUCUUAGACCUACAACUUAAAGGUCACUCUGAUAACCCUAGGCCAGGUUUUAAAACAAAUUUAAAGGCAAAAUCAAAAGUUACACCUUUACCUAAAUUUAAACCAAGAUCACAUAUUGGAUCUAGCUGUGCUAAAGUCAAAAAUAUAAAGUUAAGUCCUGGAGAGAAAACUAUAAAAGAUACAGGGGCAAAAACCUAUGUUGGGUUGCCACACAUUCUAUCGACAGGAGAUGCCAAAAAUUUAUUGGAAGCCAACUUGACUACUUUAGAUUUUAAAAUGUAUGCCAACAAUAUCAUAAUAGAUAUCCUGGAGAAAAUUGUCAAAGAAUUUGAAAGGGUGGAGCAAGCUAGAACAACAACAAAUGUUGAAAGGUUACCAUCUGAUAAAAUAAUGGAAGCAAAUAAAAUUGUUAAGACAAUUUUGCAAGGAUUAUGUACUACUGCAAAUAGCCAUUUAACUGCUCAUGUGGUUAAAUGCUCACAUCUGGAUGAUCUCAAGCCCUCGCAGGAGACUAUUGCCCAAACUCAAGCAUCUUUUUACUUAGAAAAUGUUUCUUCACAGUUAGAACAGAUUUUUCCUAAGGAAAGUAUAUUUAAAACAAUUGAGGAAUGGCAAGCAGAAUCAAGUGACACAAAAAAUGAGAAAUGUAAGUUAUUGACAAUAGCUGAAAAUAUUUUGACUGAAAUUUCAAUAAAGGCAAAAGAAUUAGAAUAUUCUCUUUCUAUUUUAAAUUUGCCACAGCUUUACGAUGAUGAAACUAGGCUCCACAAUCCUGUUAGGGAAGCUCCAACCAGAGCUGAAGAUACCAAAUCAAAAAUUAAUAUGUUUGGAAAGGAAAUUGUUGAACUGCUAUUGGAAAAGUUACAGCUAUGCUUUUUAUCUCAAUUGCCUUCACUAGAUAAUAAACAAUAUCCAGGAAGCAGGAAUGAAUUUAGUAGUACUACUAAAGGUAAAGACAGUUUUCCAACAACGGACACCCUUAGCAAUAUACCAGUCUUUAAUAGAAAGAUGAAACACCAAAUAUAUUCAGGAUCCAGCAACCAAAUUAUUCAAGAGAUUAUAGAAAAGGUUCUAAAUAUGUUAAAGUCAUUUGUAGACUUGCAAUUAAAACAUGUUUCUAAAUACGAGUUUUCUGAAAUAGUGAAAAUGCCCAUAGAAAACCUUAUUCCUGUUCAACAGAGACUAUUAAACAAAAAGACAUUGCCAAACUCACAAUCACUGAAACAAUUCCAUGAAUCCAAACCAAAUACUAUUUCUAAGGAAAACAUAGAGAAUACCCUUAUACAAGUUCAUUCGUUCCAUUCAGAAUUGCUUACUUAUGCCAUUAAUAUUGUCACCGACAUGCUUGGCCUAAUUAAGAACAAACUCGACAAAGAAAUAAGUCAAGAGAAACCACCUUCUGUUGACAUAUUGAAAGAGAACCUCGCUGCAAGUGAGCUCAUUGGUGCCCUGAUGAAUCAGUGUACGCAUUUCUAUGAGUCUUUGAUGAAAGAUCUUCCAAAGGAAACAUUCUUCCAAAGAGUUGAAAAUACCUACAUUGUUAAUCAGGUAAAAUGUCCAACUAAUCCAAAAAUUCCAAUACCAAAAUUGAAAAAAGUGAAAUUGGAGAAUAAUAUUUCACAAAACAAGGAACCUAGUUUAAGGCUUUAUUCAGGAGAAAUGAAAAAAAAUUGCAGAUCUUUAUCAACUGUACCCUCAAAUGGCAAUGCCCUUGUAGAAAACCAAAUUAAAAGCUCAGAACCAAUACAAAGACCUGCUUCACAACAUAUGCCAUCAUGCUCUAGACAAAGAUUACAAGACUACAGCCCCGGGAGAUCAGACUUUGAUGUUUUUAAUCAAGAUGGGAAAGAAAAUAACUGCCCCCCUGAAGGUAGUGUCCUACAAAAACUGUUUAAGAACGUGAAUGAAUCCACAAAAGCAGUAUUAAAGGAAGUUAUAUCAUUCAUGGAGUCAGAGAAAAGUGAAAACCCAGGAGUGUUUCAUUAUGAGACCCUGAAUCCUGUCUUGCCAAACCACAUGGAGACAACAGUUUCUCCACUCAAAAUAUGUUUAGCUGCAGAAAAUAUUGUUAACACUGUGCUGUCAAGUUAUGGCUUUCCAAGUCAGUUUCAUACAAAUGAAAACAUGGAAACUAUUAAGCCAUUUUUCAUAUCAAAGAAAGAUCCUUUGUCUGAACUAUCUGGAAAGCAAAUGAAUGAGGAAAAAGGUUUUCUUAGAAUAUGGGAUAAAAGAAACAGAUAUACAUCUGAAGAAGAAAACCUAGAGACUGAAAUCAGAGAAAAUGUUUCUUUAUUGCACAAAUGGAAAACUCACCUGUACCCCAAAAUAAAGGGUAUGAAGGAAUUUGAAUUCAUUGCUAUUUCUCAUUACGAACUAGGUCCAAAUGAAAUCCAUUGGCUAGCAAAACAUGUAACCACAUCUGUGAUCAUACAUUUCAAGAACUUGAGAAACAGAGUUUCCAGUGAGGCAAAAGUGUCUAUCAUUUCUACGUUGUCAAGAAAGUAUUAUGAAUCAAAACAGUCUUUAAGAAAUACAUACAAUGACUCUUCACUUUAUCUACUUUGUGACCACCUCAGUGACUCUGUCAUUUGCCACCUAAACUCAAGCAUUUCUAUUGGUUCUAAAGAGGACAGAGAAAAAGAGAAGAUAUGGAAAAGCCGAAAUGAAGCAUUUAACAAGAUCAUUUCAAUCAAUUCUCAGGUGUUUGAUAACAAGACAAUUUCAGUUGGAGAGGUUGCUUUAAGUAUUUCUGAGACUAUUAUUGAAAUUCUUUUUAAUAGUAAUCUCAUAAAGGUUAACAUUUCUCAGGAAACUUUUUCUUUAAGACCUAAUUACAUAUAUUGCCCAGAAAUAUCUGCUGCUGACUUUGAUUAUCUUUUUCAGGAUAUCUUAGUUGGAGUAAUUUAUGUGCUGUCCAAAGAAUUUGGGUUAAAUUGCCACCUAAAAGACAAUUGGAGAAAAUCAUAUUUUGUGCUUAGUAAUAAUACUGUACCAAGUUGCAAUGAAACAAAUUCUAUGGAAAAUCAAAAAGUUUCCGGAUAUUGGGAAUCAUCUACUCACCAACUUGAUCACAUAAUUAAAAAAAACAAACUAAAUUAUCUGGCUAGUAAAUUAGACAGUCUUGUUGUUAAUGUAAAGAAUCAAGAAUCUAAAGAAAUAGUGAAUAAGGUUUUUCAUAUUGUUGUUGACUUAUUUUUACCAGAUGAGUACAAAAAUGAGAUCACAGAUUCUUAUAAAAUAGCAAGAAGUUUUUCUUUAUCUUCAAAUGAAAACACACCUGAAAAUAAUCUAGGACUCACCAACAAAUCAGUUUUUCUACUAAAUGUAGUAUGUGAAAAGCUUAUUAGAACACUUUUGGAAAAAUGCACAAACACUGUCUUUGAGAAUUUUGAUAACGGUGGACAUUCUGUAGAAACAUCAGAAGAAUGUCUACAUUUAAAAAUGCCUCAAAAUGUAGAAGAUUACCAUAAAGGAAUUAUGGACUGUGAGCAAUUACAAGGAUACUGUAUGCCCAACUUUUUGGACAAUCUGGCAGAAAUGGAUCAAGAUUUAUUGUUAUCAGACUCAAUACUUACUGAAAUUUCCCACAGCUUGGUUAAAUCACUGAUGGAAAAUCUAUCUCACAGUAUACAAUUUUCCAAAAGUCCACCUGUUGAAAACAAACAUUUAAAAUAUAGAACAAGAGAAAUAAAUUCUAACUUUGUGAAAGCAAAAGGAUCUGAAUUAACAGAAUUAAUCCAAGGCAAAGGUUCUUUAGGAGUCACAAGUGAUCAAAGUUAUGCUUUGAGAAAAUCUCUAGGUGAUUGCACAAGGAGGAGUGACUCUAAGUUACAAGCCCAAUUUGGCAAGAAAUAUUCAUUAAAAUCUCCUAAUUUGUCACAUCUUAAGAGAAAGGUAAUAAACAAUAUGAAUACACAAGCACUUCAGAGUUCUCUAUAUUUAGGAGAUAUGAAUACAAGUGUCUAUUCAGCCACAUUUUUGGAGGAGAUAAUUUCAAGACUGUUUUUUGAUCUGACCAUUUCACUUUGGGGGCAAAGUGAAUACAUCACUGUGACCCGGCUCAAUGAGAUGAGUACAUUAUACAUCAAUAAAAUAGUCAAUGAGUUCAAUAAUACUCAGAUCACUGUGUUGCGGGAUGCUGAAGAAAAGCUGUGUUGCCCACCAUUCAAUAAGCAAAUUGUUAGUAAGAUUGUUAACUCUGUGUAUUAUGAUGUUUUGAAGCAAUAUAAAUUGGAAGCAACCUACGGAGUUAAUCUGGCAUGUGAGAAUAACUUGAUAGUAGAAAAAAUAACUAAUGGUAUAUUAUUAGAGAUUUUAGACUACCAACUCCCAUCUUGUUAUAAGGGAAAGCUUAAACUUAAUUCAUAUCACUCUCUUAAUGCUGAAAUUAUACUGAGAAAACUUCAGAGUAAACUGAAGGAAUUUAUGUGUCAGCACAAAGAUUCGACAAGCUACAGCACCAUGUUAUCACCUUUAUUUUUAGAAGAUAUCAUUAGAAGACUCUUGCCACAACUCAUCCCUCCACCCAAUACAACUUCAUCUUUUGGAAAAUGUCAUGUGAGUCAACAUUUUAAUGAAAUGUCUACCAGUGUAGCAGACAAGGUUAAGUCAGCCAUUUUAAAACAUAAAAUUUGGCUCACUAUGUGUGAUGAUCAAAGUCUAUAUGCAGGAAUAAAUCUCCAAACUAUGGUGGACUCUGUCUAUAGCAGUAUUGUGCAGAUAUAUGGCACUCUUGAUUCAGUACAGAAAAGUAUAGCCAGCCAAUGUCCUAUGAUGGUUGACCGAAUAGCUAGUCUUAUUAUUCAAGAAAUUGUUGAAAAUCAUCUCCAACCAUUUUUGCAAAUAGAGAGUUUAUCUCGUUCAAAAUCUCCAUUGGAUGAAGUAUCAAAUAUGGUUAAGCAGGUUGUCGAUGAAGCUGUAGAUUCCCAGAGACCUUCAAAAGUUUUACACACAAGUAUUUAUCCAGAUCAAUUUGUAGAAGAAAUUGUUGUCAGACUACUGUCAAAGAUUUUUAAUACAAAACAUAGUACUGAAAUAGAUAUGGAAAAUGUGUCCCAAAAAUUAGUUAAGUCAAUAACUAGACACUUUGAUAAAACUAAACUUCACAUUGCAAAUUGUGACCAAGAACAGUGUUGCCCCACUAUAGAUAACAAUAUUAUUGAUGAACUUGUCACUUCAAUUUAUAACAAUGUUUUAAAACAACAAGGUAUUAACCCUGAAGUUGAUGAAGCACCUAGAGACAAUGAUAUUUUUGUGGAAAAUAUCACCAAGUUAGUUGUAGCAGCGAUUUCAGAUUACCUGCUCCAUCCAUUGUUUUCUGGGGAUUCAUCUACUUCUUCCUAUUCCAUUUCAACAGCUCAAAAUAUUAUUCAGGACAUUAUUAGUAAUGCUAAUAAAUCCAAUAAAGCAAGUCACAAUUUAACUCCAUAUAACAGCUUGAUGCCAUACACAUUUUUAGAAGACAUGGUAAGAGAACUAUUACAUAGAAUUUUUCCUUCUGCAUCUAACAUUCCAAUCAAAGAGAAGCCAGAUGAUAGACCAAAUACUAAUUUCAAUGAAAUAGCUUCAAAGCUUAUCAGUGAUAUCAGAAAGAAAAUUUCCCAAUAUGAAAUUAAAAUUUCAAAAUAUGAAGAAGACAAAGUUGCUUAUUCAGACUAUGAAGUUCAGCAUAUUGUUGACUCAGUCUUCAAAAAUAUAUCUCAAAGCUCUGAGUUUGAAGAAUCACCUGAGCAAAAUACCACAAGCAUUAAUGAUACUCUGAUUGAUAGAAUUGCAGGUUUUAUUAUUAAAUAUAUCUGCCAACACUAUCUUCAGCCAUUUGUAGAUAAAAAGUCAUUAUCUUUAAGACACACAUAUUCUGAUGAGAGAAAACAUAGGUUUAAUUCAAAUAGUUUUUCUGAAACUUUCAUGGAAGAUGUUGUAUUUGGGAUAGUAAGCAGGAUAAUUCACAGGGUAUUAGGAAUUGUACAAACAAAUUCCAUAAAAUAUUCAGAUAAUGAACUUCUUGACAAAGCUGAAAAACUUGUAAACUUGAUAGCAGAGAAUUUUUCAAAAGCUCAAGUUAACAUUAUAGAGAAUGCCGAGGAACAAUAUUGCUUACCUCCAGUGGCCAGAGAAGAUGUCAAAAACAUUAUUGAUAAAGUGUAUAGCAAAAUUUUACAAGAAUAUGAAAUGAAAAUACUGCCUGAUAAAGGUUUUCUUAGUGACACAACGACAUUGGCAAAAAGAAUAACUGAAAUCAUUCUAGCGGAAUGUUUAUGUUUCCAAAUUCAUUCAAAUGUUAUAGCAAAGCUGCCUUCAACUUUGCACUCCAAACUCAAUACAAAUUCUUUGAUAAGAAGACUACAAUGUAACAUUGUUAAAUCAAAACACCAAAGACAGUUUUCAACAUAUACAACUAUGUUGUCACAUUCUCAUUUGGAAAAAAUUGUCACCCAACUUAUGUCCCAGAUAAGUCCAUUGGCCUCCAGUACAGAAAACGCAGAAACCUCUCGAUCAAUAAUAAAACUGAUCAAUGAAAUCAUGUCAAUAAUUUCAAAACAUGCAAUAUGCAUAACUAAACAUGGGAAUGAAAAACAGAAGUCUAUUUCAGAAAAAGACAUUCAGUCUAUGGUUGAUUCCAUUUAUGCUGAUCUUUCUUCUUCAAAUACAUACAACUCCCUUACAAAAGACAAAAAGGGUAUAAGUAGCAUACCUGUUUCAAAAACAGCAAGUUUUAUAAUAAAAGAAAUCUUUAACCAUCAUCUUCAAACAUUUUCAUCCGAAGACAAAACUUGUUCAUCAUAUGAAGUUAAUCAAAUUUAUAAAAUGAAAGAGACUGAUGCUAAACAAAAAGACUUGUCUUUCAUUGUAAACUCAACGUUCUUCUUUGAAGAGGUAAUUUCUGAGCUUUUAAGUAAACUCCUUUAUGUUUUCUCACAUAAUGUGUUAGCUGCUGAAAACCCACAUACAGUAAAAGUCCAGAUUACUAACAUUGUAACAACAUUAGUAAAUUCAAUUGUUCAUGAGUUCACCACCUCAGAGAUCUUGCUUGCAGAUAAUUUUGAUAAGACUAUGUGUGAUUCAGAGGUAUAUAAACAAAUGGUUAAAAUUUCAGUCGAUCAAAUUUAUGAAAAAAUAUUAGCUGAAUAUUCAUCUAUGGCUCAUUUAUAUGUGUCUAUGCAAAGUGAUCCUGCUUGUUUUGGCAAAAAAUUAUAUAAUUUGUUGUUGGAAAAAGUGUAUGAGUAUCAAGUACAAUCAUUAAUUUCAGGGGAAUCUAUGUCAGCUUCCUAUUCUUCCCUGAAUGUUGACAAUAUCAUCAGAAAGGUGUUAAAGACUGUCAUAAAUGAUGACCAUGCCUUGCCAUCAUACAUUACUGUGUUGUCUCGUCCUCUCCUAGAAGAUAUUAUUUUCAAGCUUCUAGGAUAUCUCUUCCCUUUAUCUAACAAAGAAAGUAAAUUAGAUAAGAAGAAUGUUUUGCCAGAUUCUAAUUUUGUGGAUGCGGCUUCAAAAGUAACUAAUGAAAUCAUAGAGGAAAUUUUUGAACAUGAGAUUCAUCUUGAUGUUGCAGAACAAAACCCAGAAAAUGUGCAAUUAGAUUCAAGAGAUACCAUUGUUGAUUCUAUAUGUAAUAAUAUUUUGAAAAAAUCUGAAUUUAAAGCUGAUAUACAAAAAAGUACAGCAAAAAAAGGAGACUCAUUUCUCACAAAAAUAGCUGGUUUUAUUAUAAAGGAAAUCAUGAAUCAUCAUUUGCAGCCAUUUUUAAAUGACGAAAAAUCAUCUUCCACUGACUUACCAGACUCCAACCAUACUUCUGUUCCUACUAAGCCUGAAAAAGAAAAGAAACAGCCUUCAUUAUAUUCAGCACAAUUUUUGGAAGAUGUAGUUGUUGAUCUUGUUCAUAAAUUUUAUUCUCUUCCAAGUAAGAUUGAAGAGUCCGAUAUAAAGAAAAUGGCAGAGCUAGACAUUGUGGACUUGGCUAUAAAAUUUGCAAAAUCUCUGAUAGAAGAAUUUAACAAAAGUGACAUAAAAGUUCUACAAAAUGCCGAAGAGAUGUUUUCUUUCCCAUCAAUUGAUAAAGAGACAGUUGAUAUGUUAUCUGAUCUUGUGUAUGAUCAAUUUAUAGGAAAGAAUGGAUCAAGCAAUUUUCAAAAAGAUGACAAAAAUAACAUUUUUAUAGAGAUGGUUGCUUCUUUAGUCCAGAAAGCAAUUUCUGCUUUCAAGAUUCAAACCUUAUUUUCAGGAGAUUGGUCUUCUACCUUGAUUUCAUUUCUAAAUACAGAUAAUAUCACCCAAAGGAUUCAAAACCUUCCACAGAAAAUCUCAACUCAGAUAAGCAGAUGCCUAAAAGAAAACCAGUUUCCUUUGCCAGAAACACCACCCAAGCAUAUUUCGCCAGCCUCAGAGCAGAAAACAUCAAUGCAUCCUUCAAAAGUAGAUGGAAAUACAGUCAAUAAAAAGAAAGUUUUUCAAACUGCGACAUCAAACAAAAUGUCUGACAAACAAGAUCUGAAAUGUACUUCUCUAACUAAUUCUCUGAAAAGAAAAGUGGCAAAUCUCUUAUCAGGGUCAGGUAUAGCCCACAAAAAGGAGAAUGAAAAUAAAAGAGGAAUGUCAAUUAAAAAAUAUAAGAUUACAGCAAAAAACACUUAUGCCACAAGUGGAAAUGUGGAAAACAAAGCCACUAACGAUCCAAAGUUGAUGGUUACAUUUGAAAACAAUAAAAUUGAAGAGAAAAGCAUAUCAUCUUCAAAGGAAAAGGAACAAAAUUCUGAAGUAUAUGAAGAAAUCUCGGUAUUUGCUGAUACUGAAUCUAAGAAAGAAUUACAUGAACCAGAUUUUGAAAUAGACAAUGAAAAGAAAAUUGGCAAAAGAGAAACCUCACUUAAAAAAGAUGAUAGUUCUAGGCAGCUAGCUUUAAUACCUCAAGUGAAUGAUCAAGAGAGUACAAUAAAGCCAACUUUGGAAACAGGCAACUAUGAGACAGACAAUGUGAACAGAAAAGAAGGCUCCUAUGCAGAUACAUUUGAAGAACAUUAUUCAAAUUAUGAACAUGUUCAAAAUGUCGUUGAAAACAUUUAUGACAAUAUUCUAAAAAUGUAUCAAUCUCAUGAAACAAUUAAUCCAAAAGUGAAAGACCUCCCAAGCGACAAAUCAUCAUUUUCAUUUCAAGCAUCUGUCAGAGAUUUUGAAGAGUCUGUUUCAACACAAGAAUUAGCACCCUCAGCUAAUCAACAUGCCAAUGAUGAAGGACAAAAGAAAAAGGAGAAAGAGCAAGAGGAAAAAGAUAAAGUUAAACGUAAGGAGAUUAAAAAUGAAUCUAGUAAACAUCCUGAGUACUCACCAAAGAGCAAACCUGGAAUAUUUCAUGCUAAAUUUUUAGAAGAUAUUAUCACUGAAAUGAUUAAGAAAUUGAUCUUCUCUUCCUCAUCAGAAAUAAAAACAUAUACAGAUAAAAAGGAAAAUGUAAAAGAUGAUGAGAUUCAAGCUGAGAUCUACAACACAGCUAUGAAACUUAUUGAUUCAUUAUUAAAAGAAUUUACAGAUGCUCAAAUUAAGGUAUUUAAGCCAGACAAGGAAAGUCAGAAUUAUUCAUCUGUAAGUAAGCCAUCAGCAAGUCCUAAAUUACCUCCUGUGAAUAAAGUACCUCCCAUGAAUAAAGUACCUUUCAUGAACACAGAUAAAUCAUCAUUCAGCACCAAGGAAAUAACAGUGAAUAAAAUGCAAAAUAUGUCUAAAAUAAGUGAAAAACCCUCUUUGAAUAAAUCAUCUUUUCUAGAUAAAAUAUCAAAAAUUGAUAAAACAUUGGUCAACAAAAUUGUUCAUUCCUCUAUAUGCAAUAUUUUGAAGGAACUUAGAUCUCAAGACUUCACUUGUAAGAAUAUUAAAAUCAAUGGGGAAAAAAUAGCUAAAAUACUAACUAGUACAGUGAUAGAUGAAAUUUUUAAACAUGAGCUUGAUUUUCGACUGUGUGAUGAGGUUCGAGAUUCAGAAUGCUUGCCUCAGGAAUCUAAGGGCGUCAUUAAAGAGAGCCAAAAGGUGGUUCAAACAGCCAGCAGAGAAUGUCAAACUUCAUCACCAUAUACCAUCAUGCUAGCUCACGAAUUUUUAGAGAAAAUAAUUUCUGCUCUUUUAAUAAAAAUAUUCUCUUCAGUACAUAAUGACAAAGCAGAGACUUCAGAGGGUGACUGGUUUACAGAACUCAACUUUCUUCAAAUCAAGUUAGUAAGUACCAUUAAAACAGAGAUUGCCAAAGAUGAAGAUAUGAUUAUACAGUAUGUAGAAUGUCUACAUUCCAGUGAUGACGAGAUUAUCAAAAUUGUGGUUGAUUCUAUCUACAAUAAUCUCUUGUCACAAUUUGGAUCAAAUCAUAGCUUAAAAGAUUGUGCAUCCACUGGAUGCAAAAUUCUUUCAGAAACCAUAGUGGACUUAGUUCUACGAGAAGUGACUGGCAAUCAGUUGCAGAACUACUUUUCUGGUGAGCUAACCCCAAAUCAGUGCGCAGAAGUUGACAGUGUUGUUGAAAAUAUUCUUAAAGGUGUUUUCCAAACUGCUAGUCCUCCCCAGAAUGCACUGUCACAUUGUCAUAUACUGCCUUACAAUAUAAUAGAAGAAAUUGCUGUAAAAUUUUUAUCAAAGCUCUUGUCAAUGUUUCCAAAAGUAGAAAAGGAAAAAUCUAAAUCCUUAGAAAAUGAAAAGCAAAAAAUAGCCUCAAAAAUAUUAAAUUCAUUACAAGACUUUAUCUCUAGGAGUAAGGUUAAACUGGUACCACCAGUCAAAGAAGUACCUACUGUAGCCUCUGCCAACAAAGUAACUAUUGACAAAGUUGUUGACACUGUUUAUGGGCGAGUUUUAAAGCAUUCUGGCUCACAUACAUCUGUAUUUAAAGAUUUAAUGGGUAAGAGUAAUGUUCUCUCUGAUAUAAUAGGUUUUUUAAUGGUAAAGGAAGUUGCUAAUACUGAAUUCCAACCUCAAGUACAGGAAGCAUCAAGUUCACAAUUAGUUCUAGAAGCUGUCAAAAUCAUAGAAAAAGUCCUCAAAAUUCUUGAUGAAAGUAAGACCCCAGAUAAAUCCUUGUCCAAAAAAGAUAUUAUGUUAGAUACCACACUUUUAGAAGAAGCAUUGGCCUUAUUCUUGGCAAAAGUAGUAAAGUUGCCAAGUGCCUCAAGCAAAGAAGAAAAAAAAUUAUCAAAGGUAGAGUUAAAUAAAAUUGCAUCUCAACUGACAAAAUCUGUGACAGCUGAAACUUCCGAAAAUAAUAUCAGUCUUGUCACUGCGGAUGCUGAAGAACAUGUUUUAAGUUCAGAGAGUAUAGAAAUUAUUUCUCGUGUUGUUGAUAAUGUGUACAGUAAAGUGCUGCAACAAUCUGGAAGCCAACAAGAACUUUAUGAUGAUAUAAGAAAAAUAAACAAUCUCUUCCCUAAGAAAGUGGCUAGCUUAAUUAUUAGUAGUGUUUCAAAUAUUUCAUUAGACACUACAUUGUCUAAAAAUUCCAAUUCCGAUGUAUUUAACGACCUAGACAUUAGUAGAAUUGUUGAGAAGGCAGAAGAACAUGCUGACCAAAUGAGCCCUACAUUAGAUCACGAUUCAGAUGAACACAUAGCUGAAGAGGAAUCAUAUAAUAAAAUCGUUCCACAUAUAGGGAAUAAACCGCUCAAAAUUGACCCAGACAUUAUCUCAGAACACUUAGCAGUAAUUUCUGUAAAAACUCUUUCUCUGGAGAAACUUAAGACUGAAUGUUUAAGAACCACAGGGCAUAGCAUAACAGAAUUGAGAAAAGCAUCAAUAAGUGGGAAAAGUUACCAAACAUCAGAAUUAUCUGUAGAGAAGAUGAAAAAAGAGAGAAGAAUCUCAUUGGAUAGGACAGGACGACUAGAUGUAAAGCCCUUGGAGGCUUAUUGCAGAAAUUCAUUCCAGAACGUAAUAAAACCUGACAUCACCAAGGUAGAACUUUUAAAAGAUGUUCAGAACAAAAAAGAACUAAUUAUUCGACUGGUAGCUCAUGAUAUUGAUCAAGAGGAGAUAGAGAGAAAAGACAGUUAUGAAGAUGAAGUUAUUUUAAAUGAAGUUAUACAAGAAGGUUUUGAAGAUAUAGUUGAGAUGAAAGAAUCAAUGAAACUAGAAGAAAACAAAAGUAUUUCUUCCAAAACAACAUUAAGCAAUGGUAACCUGAAAAAAAUGUUGUCAUUAAGCAAAUGUUGUCUAUCCACAUCCAGUGUAAAUAUAAAAAAUGUUGAGACAACCUUGAAGAGUACUUCAGAAACUAAAAAAGAGCUAAGUAAAAAUCCCAUCAUUGAGCAUCAAACAGAUGAACGCAGCAAAUCAGUUCACUCAACAUCGAUGGUUCACAGUCACUCAUAUUUAGAUAAAAAGCUACAGCAUGAAAAGGAAGAACAUGGUGUUUCUUCUGAGCCAACACAUUAUUUUAUACACAGAAUUAUGAGUACGUCUUCAUAUAACCAUGAAGAUCUUGCUUCUUCAGCUGGUGAAAAAGAAGGUAGUACCCGUGAUACAGGCGCCGAAACAUUUGAAGAAAAUUUUCAGAAACAGAAACCAGAUAAUUCAAGCAGUGUUGAGUUUAUAACUAUGUUUGGAAGAAAUGAGGACAUUACUAAUGAAACCAGCAAAUUUAAUGUGCCCAAACAAGGAUCCAAAAUGCUGGCAAAGGUAUCUUCAGCUCUGUCUAAGGUGUUUAGUCAAGCUAGCACCAAUAAUUCCAAAUUGCCUUCGUCAUCUCACCAAAACGAAAACUGA